AUGGCCGACGGCGACUUCAACGACAAGACGACCUCGUUUGUCAUAUGGCUUCAACGCAGCGGUACCAGCGUCUCCGAGAAAAUCACAAUAGCAGACCUGAGACAGCACACCGCUGGCCGAGGCGUUGUUGCGGUGGACAAUAUCGACGAAGACGAAGAACUGUUCAGCAUACCUCGAUCAGCUAUCUUGACUGCUGAGAACUCGAGUCUCGAUGUCGAGGUCACAAAACAGGUGGAGGAUCCAUGGCUCUCCCUCAUCCUCGCCAUGAUCUGCGAGUAUCAACUCGGACAAGCCUCGAAAUGGCACCAAUACCUCGAUAUCCUGCCACACGAGUUCGACACGCUCAUGUACUGGUCGGAGCACGAGCUCAAGUUUCUCAACGGCUCAGCAGUCGUCAACAAAAUCGGCAAAGAAACUGCCAACACAACCUUCACCGACACUUUGAUCCCGAUCGUCCGACAGCACGCAGCCACCUUCAAAGCAGAUGACCUCAGUGAUGUCGAGCUCCUCUCCGUUUUCCACCGCAUGGGCAGUAUCAUCAUGGCAUAUGCCUUCGACCUCGAAUCCACGACCCAACCGCCACAGGGCGAAGAUGAUGGAUGGGAAGAAGAUUCUGACGCCGGCUCUGUGCUACCGAAAGGCAUGGUCCCGCUCGCCGACAUGCUGAACGCAGACGCCGAUCGCAACAACGCUAAGCUGUUCUACGAAGACGACAAGGUCGUUAUGAAGACCAUUAAGACGGUGAAGAAGGGAGAAGAGCUGUUCAACGAUUACGGACCAUUGCCGAGAGCAGAUGUGCUGAGAAGGUAUGGAUAUGUCACGGAGAACUAUGCAAAGUAUGAUGUUGUCGAGAUACCGUUGGAGCUGGUGAAAGAGGUGGUGGUCGAGCAGUCAGUUCUGUCGAAGCCCGAACUGGAGUCAAGGCUGGAAUAUCUAGAAGAGCAGGGCGUGGCUGACGAUGGCUACGACGUUGCUCGAGAGGCAAACGAAGAUGGGCAGAUACCAGAAGAGCUCAUCGUCCUCGUCGAGACGUUGACCCUGCCUCAAGACGGAUUCGCCAAGCUCAAGAAGAAAGAGAAGCUGCCGGAGCCAGAGCUUUCGAAGAACUCCGCCCAGCUGUUAGAACAGGUUCUCAUGAAGCGACAAAGGCAAUACAACCCGCCGUCCAAGCAAGUCGGAUCUCUCAGCAUCACCGAAUUCGACAUGGGUGGAGCCGACGAAGACCCCGUGGGCGUGGCAAGAGCAAGACGGCGGCAUGAGAUGGCAUCGCAAGUCAUCAUGGGUGAAAUUGGGGUGUUGGGCGAAGCUGUUGCCAGCAUGCGGAAGCUCCUUGAAGGCCACGACACCAAGAGGAAAGCUGAGAACGGCGAGACCAGCUCAGCACAGGGAGGAAAGAGGCAAAGGACGAAGUGA